UUUACCAUGCCAUCAGUACCAAUUGCGUGAGACAUCCGCUGGUAUGAACAUAAAAGCAAGACAUAGCCCCGUUAAUGCCUUUGAUGCAUUAAAGGAGACGUGCUCCAUAGUACGCAAGACGGACACGCCGUGCGCAGUGCAGCGCAGUAAGAUUUUACCAGAUUAAACACAUACUCCUUCCCUGUCUCCUUUCAAUUAAUUACUGCUCAUUGGCGUGCGAGAUUACCGAAUUGAUUACACACCCAUCUCCCACAGUCGCCUUCGAUUUUGGUCAGCCGGAGCAGUUAUGCCGUUCGUGACCAUCCCAAACACAUAUUCUUACUUGCGAUCUUCUGAACCCGCUCUUCAGCCAACGCCUGCAGUAGUAUACCAGCAGACUCCACCAAUGACGGGGUACUCUAUAAACGACCCAAUGAUGAUGGCACAAGUGCAGCGUCAUAUGGCGGGUGGUGCCCCAGCGUCCAUAGCGCCGAUGCAAACGCUACCCACAAUGCAAAUGUAUCAACAGCCAGGACCUCUCGUACCCCAGCCGGGAGCACCUCAAGUCUUACCCGCACGGCACGUAUACAGUACUGCCGGACAGCAGCUCGUUUUGGUGCCGGAAGGGUAUACCCCCGUAAUGGUCCCUUCUGCACCCCACCCCGUAACCUCAUUUCCGACAACACAAUAUGGCUUUCCAUCAUACCUUGUGUCCACAAAUCCCAAGCCUGCUGCUCCUAAACGAAUACCACGCCCAGCAAACUCCUUUAUGACGUAUCGCAUGGAAAAGCAGCACGAGGUCCUCGCGAAACACGCAGGCGCAAACAACAAGGAUAUCUCAGUCAUUAUUGGAGAAAUGUGGAGAAAUGAGCCAGAAGCAGUCAAAGAGUAUUACCGCAAGAAAGCCGAAAUGGGACGCAAAGAACACAUGCUCCGAUAUCCCGACUACAAAUAUACCCCCCUGAAGAAACGCAAGGAAAGCUCAACAAAGAAAGCACGACUGUCAAUUUCUUCUAUUUCAUCAACUUCAGAAAGUGGGGAUAAAGGAGUUCAUCCACCUUUACAUGAAACUGGGAAAGUAUCCCUUCCAAGCGUUGUUGUCCCCAUCAAAUCCCCAUCAUUCGAGCACAGUGCGCUUGAUAGAAGAACGGCUGGCAGUCCCCAUCCAUCAACAGCCGGGGACGCAUCGCCCAACGUAUCCGAAUCACUCAAUCAAGUAUCGCCGCCAAAUCGAGUGGCUGGUGCUGCAGAAGGAGAACCUAUGGCGAAUCCUAUAGCAUUCCACCUACCACUUGAUGACAGCAGCUUCAAUAAUGGAUACCUCGCCUCGAUGACUGCCGUAUCCCACUCAUACCCGACUGAUAACUUGGAAACCAUUGCAGAUUUUCCCCAAUCAGAUCCGUUUGAAUUGUGCGAGAAGAGCCAGUCCAACUGAGCGAUCUCGAUCAACCGUAAGAUCUGUUAUUAGUCUAUUUAGAUAAAAAUGUUGUGUUCUGUAUACAAUGCAUGCCAUGAGGCAAAUUAGGGAAGGUGACUUCCGCUUAUUAUUUGAAAUUAUAAACUGCAACCAUCC